AUGAUGACAUUCUUAUUGUUUAUUUUUUACAAGGUUAACAUAAACUUUACAUCAGUAUUUCGAAACUUUACGGACAGAAAUACUCUUGGUGUAUGUAUUUUGUAUACUAUCGCUGCCUUUCCAAAUCUACCAAUCAUAAGAACAUUGUUUGACGGUGUUACUUGCUGGAAUUUAAACUCAAGUGAUACAAUCUAUAAAAAUCUCUAUGUGAGUGAUACGCUUGAAUACUGCGAUGAUAACAUGGAGAUCCACAACGAGACGACUGAACUGGGAAAAUUCGAACUUUUUUGUGACUUACAAAACAAAACGAUGACCAUUGAAAUGACAAUCAACGGAAAUACAACUUCUGCAAGUAAAACAGUAACUGCAACUAAGAUGUUGAUUUUUGAUUUUUCAAACUUGCAUCAGACUACAAACGGUGUGUUUGUUCAACAAACAAACUCAGAAAUAACUGAUUGGAAAACAAGUACCUACGUUUUGGUCCCAGCUGCUGGUGUCUUUCUGAUAUCGGGCAUCGUCACUUUGGUAGUUCGACGUAAACAACGUACCCAAGCUCGAGAAAGAGAGAAAUCAUAUGAGACGAUUACAACUGGCGGACAGACACAGUAUAUCAACAUGACAGAAAAUACACAUCAUUAUGACGUAAUUGGGAACAAAAGUGAACGAAUGCAAGAUAGUUGCUCUUAGUAGACAGUAGUGCUCACCAGUAAAGACGGAAAGACUAAUUUCAGCAUUAAAAAUUACAAACCUGUGAAAAU